AUGUCUCUCGAGCCCAUGCCCUUUUUGAGCGGCCCCGUUGCGAGCAACGCAGGGCCUCAUGAGCAUCGUGAUCCACCCAGCGAUAUUGUUUCUGUGAUACCGUUGUCGAAAGUGCAACAGGCACUUUGGCUAGAUUACCUGGUCAGACCUCAUUUGUCUCACUACCAUCUGAGGCUUGAAAUUGACGUAUCUUACCUGAACCCGAGCCUGGAGAAAAUCCUUCAGGUCAUCCAGACAUUAGGAAACAACCAUCAAAUGCUAAGAACAACAUUCCAUCUUGAUGGCGAUAACCAGGUAAACAGGCCAUUCAUGGCUGUUCACUCACAAGAUACAUCAGUCCAGCGGUUCGAGAUCAUCAACGACGAGGCAAGGCUCUCCUCCUCUCUUCGUCGCGGCUUCAACCUUUCGGCGGAAUUCCCAGUGCGCUGGGUUAUACACCAUAGCGUUAUGUUCGAAGCGGGGAACCUACAGACCAAGUGCAAACUAUUCGCUAUCGGUCACCACAUCGCCGUGGAUGGCUUCAGUCUGAGUAUCUUAUCUAAAGAGAUACUGCAACGUCUGGACGUUCAGACGCAACACCCUGUUGCUGAGCAGUCAGGCCUUUCAUACGGAGAAUACGUGCAAAGACAGGACGCAUACUUACGCAGCGUAAGCGGACGAACAGCAAAAGAAUUCUGGCUGUCGCAGGUCAUGCACACCUCGCCUUUCUCAUGGCGUGUCGCACCUCCGGUCAGGACCACCGCUGACUACCGGCGCAUGCACACAUGGGCAUUUUUCCCCAACGAGCAGCUCCAGAAGUGGAGUGAACUGUACAAGACAUCGUGGUUCCGUGUUGCAUCUACUGUCGUCAGUUUAGUUACAGAUGGGAAUGCAGAACCCGCCCCGCAUCACGAUCGGGCGCUGUUCGUGGCGUUCGGCGCUCGCCCCAAAGAAUUCCAGAAUUGCGUCUCGCAUAUGGCGAAUACGAUGCCAGUCAAAGUCCCGCUUGCACGCUUACUGCAGGACAACGCCACAUUCUUGGAAGCUGUCAAGGCGUUUGGAAAGAACCUCUCCACAGCGAAGAAACACGAGAUGUACCCGUUCCUCAGCUUGAUCGAGGAAGCGCGAAAAAAGAUGGACGAGCGGCAACUCAACUUCAAGGUAGCCGUGACGUUCUCGCCCAAGCUGGCUAGCAAGGCGUGUUCGAUAUACCCCGUGGAAGGCGUUUGGGACCUGUUCUUCUGCUUCCUCGAGCAUGAUGAUGGGGUUUCACUUGGCGUCAUUGCGAAUCCCGAUGUUUUUGGUGAUGAAGCCAUGGCGAAACUACAAGCGGAGUUCAUCACCACAGCGAAGUUAUCGCAACAAGACAACUCGUUCAGACUUCGCGACCUCCCGUUCUUUCGGGACCGUGGAGUCGCCAGCAUCACCAACGGCCCGGCAGUGGAGGAUGUCGAGACUAUAAGCAGUUCGCGAGUACAUCUUUGGAUCAAGCAGCGUGCCGCUGAGCAACCCAACACCAUCGCGUUGUCUUCGGCCGAGCGUAACGAGACAAUGACAUACCGCGAGCUAGCGGAGCGUAGCAGUCAGGUCGCACAUUACCUCGUGGCGAAUGGUGUAUCUUCAGGUGAAGGCGUGCUGCUGCACAUUGCUCGAGGGUUCAACACAGUCGUAUGGCUACUUGGAAUCCUCGAAGCGGGUGCUUACUAUGUCAUGUUGGACAGGAAGUUACCCGACAAACGGAAAGCCGCCAUUGCCGCCACCUCCGAAGCGAGAUUCCUGGUGACUGACGACUUCAAAAUCCAGCAGGUUUUGUCUGACCUGGCCAUCACGGUGGUGAGCCUCGAUGUUGUCGAUCGAGAAAUACAGACGCAGCCGAUGACGACCCUAGAUAGUACCACGAAAGACAAUGAUCUUGCUUACAUCGUCUUCACGUCCGGCUCAACCGGGCAACCAAAGGGCGUUAUGGUCGAGCAGUCAAACCUGAGCCACUACGUGAGUGCCACCAGCAGUGUCGUGAAGAUUGGCCCGGGCAGCCGAGUGCUCCAGUUCGCGACAUUCGCGUUCGACGCAUCUGUUUUGGAGUGGGCAGUUACGCUAUCGUAUGGCGCAACUCUGUGCUUUGUCGAUCAUCCGGAGCUGCUUGUAGGAGACUAUCUCGCGACUGUCAUCGACAAAAACGAGGUCAAUUUCUUCCACACUACACCCUCAGUGCUUGCCACAAUUCCGACGGACAGGUACUUGGCUUCGCUGAGAAUGAUAUCCGUUGGGGGUGAGCCGUCCUCUGCGGGACUGCUUGGAAAGUGGAGGCAGCGAAGCCAGCUCCUGCACGCUUUUGGCCCAACGGAAACAACUGUUAUCGUGACAGUUGAAGUCAUUGGCGAAGACCAGCGCAGCGACGCUCCGCUCCCCUCGCCAUCCAAGAUUGGAAAGCCGUUCCCCAACUCGCGAAUCCUCAUCUGCGCCGAUGAUAACAACGACGAACUUCCAACUGGCGAGCACGGAGAAAUCUGCAUCGCUGGCCCUCAAGUUUCUCGUGGCUACAUAGGCCAAACCGAGCUUACGCAGAAACACUUCCACACCAUCCAGCUGGACGGUCACGAUACGCGAAUGUACCGGACAGGCGAUAGGGGAUUUCUGGAUGCAGAUGGCAAAUUAUGUAUCGGCGGACGCAUGAAGAACCGCGAGAUCAAAUUACGAGGCUACCGCAUGGACUUGUACGAGAUUGAGAAGAGUAUUUUGAACAAUAGUCCCGAGGUGCAAGUCGCCUCCGUGCAGGUGCAUGCAGAUUCGUUGGUAGCAUUUGUUGUACCAGAAACGGCCCCAUGCGAUGUCAUUCGUGGAAGAUUGGCGUUGGAGGUGCCGUCUUACUCUCUCCCUGCUCGAUUCUUUGCAGUGCGAUCUCUGCCAUUGAAUAGUAAUGGGAAGAUAGACCAUGCGCAGGUUUCUGAACAAUUAGAAAGUCUACUUGCGUCAUCUCCAAAGACAAGUCCUGCACAAAAAAAGAUAUCAAGCACGAACUCGAAGUCAAUCGAGUCAGGCGCAUCUUCAAGCCGUAGAAAGAGCGUGUCAAAAGUUCUUAGGGAUCUUUGGACGCAGACUCUUCGUCUGACAAGUCCACCCAGCUCCGAUAUAUCCUUUUUCGAAGCUGGCGGACACAGUAUCACCUUGAUCGAGCUUCACAAGCGUAUCAUAAGCCGUUUUCCUGGCUGUGAGAUAAGCUUACUGGACAUCUUCCAAGCACCCACCAUCGAAAAACAAGCUGCGUGUCUCGCUGGGAAGAUGGAAGUAUCCGAACAUAGACCUCCUUUCUCCGAGAGUUAUUAUGGUUCUAGUUCUGAUAGUGAAAGCGAUUCAGAGGCUCCUACAGCUGCUACAUCUCUCAGCAACUCUCUGGACCUUGACGACAACAAGUUCGCCAUUGUAGGUCUGGCUGGAUACUUCCCCGGUGCUGUUGAUGUGGAUAGCUUCUGGCAGAUGAUCAUCAACGGUAAAACAGCUGUCAAAAGUCAUGAUGAAGUUGUCGCGCCCUCUGAUAUGGCGGAGGAUGAGAUCUUUGUCCCUCGAUACGGUUCUAUGCCCGAUCUUCCACCAGUCACAGCUGGAGCAUGGAACAUGACUCCGGAGGAGGCGGGCCUUACGGAUCCGCAGAAACUGCUCUUCCUCUCCAUUGCGUCCGAAGCGCUCGCAGACGCCAGAAUCCCCAUCACCAAGGGCGUACCCAAUCCGACCGGCGUCUUCAUCGGUUCAGCACACAACACACAUAAAGAUGCGCCUAACACGCCCUUGCCCGCCGACAGCUUUCAAGCGCGUCACCGCACGCUGCUUGACCCGCCAAUCUCUACUUUCACAGCCUACAAGCUCAAUCUGACGGGUCCUAAUGCGACGCUCAACACAGCUUGCUCAAGUGCUUUGGUCGCGCUACAGCACGCUCUUUCUGCUCUACGCGCCGGCGAGUGUCCCGCUGCCCUUGUCGGUGGAGUAACCGUCGCCUUUCCACAGUUGGGUGGGUACGUGACAGCGCCAGGCCAAGUGUUCAGUCCGACGGGUCAUUGCCGCCCGCUCGACGCCGCUGCCGAUGGAUCAGUGCCAGCUGAUGCGGUAGCUGCCGUAGUUGUGAAGACGCUGAGCGCAGCGCGCCGUGACAACGACGCCGUCUAUGCGGUGAUUGAGGGUUGCGCGACGGGGUCUGACGGCUCGGUCGACAAGGUUGGCUUCACCGUGCCAUCGAGCACAGGCCAGGCGCGAACAGUAGCUAAGGCCAUUAGGAGCGCAGGCGUAGCCCCCGAGGCGUUCAGGUACGUUGAGUUGCAUGGAAGUGGGACGAGCAUGGGAGACGCGUUGGAGGUGAGCGGAUUGGAGCAAGCGCUUGACCAAGUGCAACAACCUGGUGAGGUUAAUGGGUGCGUCGUCCAUGUGGGCAGCAACAAGGGUGCUUUUGGCAACACAGAGGCGGCAAGUGGUAUGUUGAGUUUGAUCAAGAUGGCGCUGGCUAUCUCGAAUGGCUUCAUCCCGCCGAUGCCCAAGUUGAAUGCGCUGAAUCCGAUGUGCAAUUUCGAGGGCAGGUUGCGUCCACUAGUUGGUCAGCUCAAGUUGGCGCAGGAUGACAGGGUGGGUGUAACGAGCCUGGGAUACGGGGGGACAAACGCACAUACAGUGCUUUGCGCUGCGGAGGCACAUGGUGUUCAGAAGCGGUUGAGGAGCGCUUGA